CCGUACCAUUUAUCACUGAGUAAGCGAGGGACUCGUGCCUUUAGUUUUUUUUUGUCAUAUUAAAACAAUUUUAACACGAUGUUUGGUGCAAUAUUGUUUUUGUUGAUUAGCAUUUGUGACAAUAUAUCCGGGUAUAAACCUAUGCUCGCCAAAGGCCCUUCGAAACGUCCCGAAGAACCUGACUAUAAAGUAUCAAUGGUGGCGUCGGAGGAGCACGCGGGCAGCCCCGCGCUGUUCACGCACGGCGAGAGCCCCGUGUGGGACGCCGAUACUCAGAGCCUGUAUUUCGUGGACGUUUUGGAGCAAAAUGUACAUCGCCUUCACUAUGGGACGGGGCAGAUAUUUACGAAACAUAUAGGUUAUGGGCAAGUGAACGUCGUUGCACUGGUGGAAGGUAGCAGUCGCCUGCUUGUAACCGUGCGAGCAGGAUUGUAUCUACUCGACUGGCAGACGGAAGGCGAUGCCGCGUUACGUCUGCUGGCCACAGUGGACGAUGGCAUGCCUGACAACGUCAUCAACGAGGGCAAGCCGGACGCCGACGGGCGGUUCGUGGCGGGUACUAAAGGCCCUCAAACAGGUGACGACGUGGUGAUUGACAAAGCCACUCUGUACAGCUUCGACCAGAACUCGCUGCAGAACCCGCGCGCGCUCCUCCGGCCCGUCAGCAUCUCCAACGGCAUCUCCUGGUCGCCAAACAACACCGUCAUGUACUACGUCGACUCGCCCACACAGAAGAUAGAGGCGUUCGACUAUGACUUGCUGACUGGAGACAUUGGUAACCGAAGGACUGUCUUCGACAUCACGGAACACGGGUACACCGACGCGAUCCCCGACGGUAUGACCAUAGACACCGAAGGUCAUCUAUGGGUGGCGCUCAUGUUCGGUGGGGCGGUGCUCCACAUAAACCCGGACUGCGGGGAGUUAAUAGCAGCGUACACGCUCCCGGCGGCGCGCGUGACGUCGCUGUGCUGGGGCGGGCCGCGGCUGGACGAGCUGUUCGUGACGACGUCGCGCGAGGCGCCGCUGGGCGGGGCCGUGUUCACCAUCCGCGGCACGCAGCGCCGCGGACUCGCGCCUAACAAGUUCCACUUCCAUGACGCUGAUAGAUACUGAGUUUUAAGUUAUAUUUUUUUGAUUUGAAUGUUUAUUGUAUUAUUUGUUAAACCUUUCCCUG